AUGACUUCCAGCUCCAAGCGUGACUCCGUCUCCUCAAACUCCCCAGCACCCAGCAGAUCGUUUCUGUCGCGACUGAAAUCGCCGCUGUCGUCCAAGUCGCGCAACUUCACCGACUUCUACAUCCAGUCGGACGACCCACACCGCCAGUACCUCCCCGGCGACAUCAUCAGUGGCACCGUCAUCAUCAAGGUCGUCAAGCCUCUCCGCAUCACCCAUCUCGUCGUCUCGCUGCACGGCUAUGCCCAAGUGUUCAAGAACCCAAAUGCGCCGGGCGACGCUUACAAAACCUACUUGGCAACCGUGGGCUCCGGCAGAGGCAAGAAGCAGGGAAGCUACUUUGGCAAUGGCUUCGUAUCACUUUUUGAGGACGAAGUAGUUCUCUGCGGUGAAGGCAAGCUAGCAGAGGGCGUCUACCAUUUCAACUUUGACCUCGAGUUUCCCUCCAAAGGCCUGCCAAGCAGCAUUGACUUCGAACGCGGUACAGUAUGCUACAUGCUGACCUCGACUUUAACCCGCCCUACGACCAUGUCGCCUACCGCCACAUGUGACACCAAGGUAUCCCUCAGGGAUGUGAUCGAUGUUGCCCCCAUCGCCGAGCCCAAACCUCGCGUCAUAUCUCUGGAGCCCAUCUCACGACGGACGCGGACCAAAACGCCUCGAACCCGGCCGGGCACGGCAAAGACGGACAGUGUGCCUCCCACCCCCGGCCGCUUGGAAGCACCACGCUUAGCUCCGAGGUCAGAGCCACCACUUGGAACACCCGAAGAGAGCGUCCAUCCACGCAGCCCAUCCCCCAGCGAAACCAGCUUCGCAAGCCAGAUGAGCAGCAGCGGCGCUUCAGGCACAGAGUACGGUGUUCGUUCUGUCAACACCGUGACUGAUGCCGGUGGCUUUAUAGCUGCCAACGGAAGCCGACCGACGGUCAAAGGGAAGACUAUUACAGCCACCAUCGACGUCCUGAAAGGUGGCUUCCUUGGCGGCGAUCAGAUACCUAUUAGGGUCACUGUCAACCACAACAAACACGUAAGGAGUCUGAAAGGCAUCAUCAUCACACUCUACCGCCAAGCAAGGGUGGACAUGCAUCCUGCACUGCCUGUUGGGCCGAACGGUAAAGGCGACAAGACAAAGUCGGAAGACUACUAUCCAAAGUCCAGGACUGGACUCGGUGGUCUGUCUCUGUCGUCCGCUGGAUCGAGUCAUACCUUUCGCAAGGAUCUCGGGCAGUCGUUCGCACCCCUGUUUGUCGAUCCACGGACGCUGACCGCGGACAUCAAGUGCUCUGUCCGAGUGCCUGAUGAUGUGUUUCCCACAAUCUCCAACGUACCUGGUGCAAUGAUCUCGUUCAAGUACUACGUCGAGGUCGUCGUGGAUAUCCAGGGGAAGCUCACUGGGUUGGAUCGUAUGGUUUCCAAUGCUGGUGUGGUUACUGUCCCCUCUACAACAAACACACCUGGCGGGAUGGGACGUGAUGAAGCCGCGAGCAACACGUUUUCGACGUGGGGCGGGAAUUUUGUCGACACAGAUGGCAUUCGCCGAGAGAAGGGGGUCAUUUCUUCCCUGUUUGAAGUUAUUGUUGGCACCAAAGACAGCGAGAGGAAUGGCAAACGGAAACAGACACAAGGACUGCCGACCAAUGAUCAUCACGGAGUCCACGAAAUACCCUAUGGAUCCUACGACGACCCCAACGCACCAGGCGGCUACGAUCAGUACGACUAUGGGUACGAUGAGAACGGUCAAUACUAUGAUUAUAGAUACGAUCCGGGGUACUACGACGUCCCAGGGUACAACGAUGGUGGUGUUGGAGGGAGCUCGUCCUACCAUCCGCCCGCCCCAACGCAAGAAGAGCACGGUCUGUCAGAAAAAGAGCGACUGCAACGAGCGGAGGCACUUUUGUUACCCUCUCAACCGCCUGGCGCUGCCAAUGGUCUCUCAACUGCCAAUGGGGGGUUUCAACAUGGCAUGCCUGCAUCUGCGCCAGUGCUACCUGAGGAUGACGACCCUAACUCUUCGUACGUCCCCGAGGCUUCAUCGUCAUCAUCAUCAGCGCCUGCGCACCCGCCUCCACCAUUCCGUGCCGCCACGGACCCCUCAAUGUCCUUCAACGCCUCCGCUCCCCGCCCUUCAAUACAGCGCCAUAGGACAGGGCUCCUAGAUGGAGCACCGCAGAUAUCCGCCACUGGAUCAUCGUCCACCAUCAACUCAAGCCAAACAGCUACUGCCCCACCAACAAACGGCGCUGACGACCAGUCGAAACCUCUACCUUCCCUCCCGCCUCAGUCGCCACCCAGCACAGCACCCGACUAUUUCCCCUCUUCCUCCCACGUGCCUGCCACAGACGACAAGCAAGAAAUGCAGCGUCAGCGAUUGGAAAUGGAGCGCAGUGCGCCACCGCCUGCACACGGCCACGACGAGUCAGGAGAGAGCUCACAGGGUCCGUCCGCGCCGCCGCCCGCCGACGGCAUGCGCGGACUUAGUCUCGCACCUGGGCAUCUGGCACCUUCGGCGCCGAUGCUGGAUGACGAAGACGAGGAACUGGCGGCAGCCAUCACGCCCGUCAGAAGUCGGGUGCCGAACGACAGACCAGUCAGUGAGGCGUUGCCCGAGUAUCAGCGGUGA